AUGGCUUCUAACACAAGUUUCCUCUUUGUCACCGUAGCUCUCCUCCUCGUCCUCAGCAUUUCCGGCAGGACACUCCCGUCGACGGAGGAUUCCACCAACAUAGCGGCGAGGCUUAGCGGAGGAGGACUAAUGGAGUGUUGGGAUGCUCUCUACGAGCUGAAAUCGUGCACCAACGAAAUCGUUCUCUUCUUCCUCAACGGCGAGACCAAACUCGGCGUGGAUUGCUGUCACGCCGUCGAAGUCAUCACAACCAAUUGUUGGCCAGCGAUGCUUACUUCCCUUGGCUUUACCUCUGACGAAACAAAUGUCCUUCGAGGUUUUUGCCAAUCUCCAAACUCCGGCGGUUCUUCUUCAGCUCAUUCCCCUGUGAAACUUUAA